AAGAUGCAGCCGUACCAGUUGUCUCGCUUCCGGGGGGCACUUCUAGGGGCAUUACUCGGAGACUGCAUAGGGGCUGUAUUCGAGGGCUUGACUUCGGUGAGCGUGCGGAGAGUGUGCCAGUUCCUCAGUCACCUGGACAAGAGGAGCGAAGAAAAGCGGGAUGCUCUGAUGUACACGGAUGACACCGCCAUGGCAAAGUCUGUUGUGCAGUCAGUGCUAGCUAACCAGGAGUUUGACGCAGAAGAUCUCGCUGAAAGAUUUACUAAAGAGUACAAGAAUGACCCAGACCGUGGGUAUGGGAUGGCAGUUAUACACGUGUUUGAAAAGAUUGACAGUGGAGAGUACAGAAGCGUCUUUACUCCGGCCAAGGAGCAAUUUGAUGGUAGAGGGUCCUAUGGAAAUGGAGCAGCCAUGAGAGUGGUUGGGAUUCCAUUGGCGUACCCCAACAUCCCGGAUAUAAUGCGGUAUGCUAAGGUCAGUGGAGAGCUGACUCAUGCCUCCUCUCUGGGCUACAAUGGAGCCAUAUUACAGGCUCUGGCAGUGCACUAUGCUCUACAAGGAGAACAGAGCCGGGAAACUUUUCUGCAGCAUCUCCUUUGCCAUAUGCAGGAUGUGGAGGCCGAUGAAAAGUCUCGUUCUGAUGCCAGAGCACUGGAGCUGGGAGAGUUCCCAUACUGUAGCAGGUUAAAUAAAAUAAAGGAUUUCCUAGACAAAGGCAACGUUUCAAGGGAGGAUGUGGUUAAAGAGCUAGGUAAUGGCAUUGCAGCCCUGGAGUCUGUCCCCACUGCAAUCUAUUCAUUCCUGCGCUGCAUGGAUCCUGUAGAGGAGCUGCCCCAGGAGUACAACUGCCUACAGCGCACAAUCGCCUUCUGCAUCUCACUUGGCGGGGACACAGACACCAUAGCCACCAUGGCUGGCGCAAUUGCCGGAGCUUACCAUGGAGAAGAACAAGUUCCACUCAGCUGGAGGCUGUGUUCUGAGGGGUACAAAGAUGCAGAGACCUGGGGGGAAAAGCUUCAUCAGCUAUACAGCACACGGCUGCAGAAUGUUGCAUCUUAAUCGAGAACAUGCAAGUUGUAGUAGCUUCUGGAGAGUGUCGAAGAGCUGCCAGAGACACCCGUGGAGCGUGUGCCCAGCAGCACACAAGAGGACAGCAGGGCUAAUGCGAUAGGAAGACCUGAAUACUGAGCCGAUUCCUUAACUCGCUCAGUGAUUACAGUAUAAUGAAGUGUGUUGCUAUGCAUAGACGGGCCAUUUUUAAAGAAGAUUACCUAAGAGCAUCCAAAAAUUCAGCAGACCAGUUUAUUUUUGCAAACUUCUUAAAAAAAAAAAAAAAAAAAAAAAAGCCCUGGCUUUAUACUGGAAGUGCCAUUGAAAGGAAAUGUUGCUUUGGGAUUUAGAAUCAUUGUUUAUCGCAGUGCGGCAAGAUAAGAACUUUACCAGCUUCAGAUGCCAUACUAAAAAAAGGGGGUUUUAAUAUUAAGCAAAACUGGUAUUCAACAGUCUAAAAUGGAAAUGAGUACAUGCUAAAUUGGAGGGUAGGUAACAUUAGGUUACAGUCAUGGGUAUAGGUGGAAAUAUUGUGAGACCUUCCCUUUAAUAAAAAAAAUUAAUUAAAAAAAAUUGGAUAUGGCUAAAGAUGUAAUGAUGUUAAAUGCAUUUUUUUUUCUUUUAAAUUUACUUUAUUCUGAUAUCUGGUAAAGAUGUUAACACAGCAAAUAAAAACUGAAAAUUG